GGACCGUCGCCGAAGAAGCAUCUGGUGCUCGCGUUGUGCCAGCUGUCCUCGCGCACUCGGCCAGCGCUGGGCAUCGGAGACAGGCUCCUGCUGAGUAGGAUCAAGGAAUCUGCGAACCGGGACUAUGGCUGCUAACAUGGGGUCCAUGCGUAUCCUCAUCAAGGGGGGAAAGGUGGUUAAUGAUGACUUCACCCAGGAAGCAGAUGUCUACAUCGAGAACGGCAUCAUACAGCAGGUUGGAAAGGAGCUGAUGAUACCAGGCGGGGCUAAGGUGAUAGAUGCCUCUGGAAAGCUGGUGUUACCGGGCGGAAUUGACACGAGUGUGCAUCUGCAGGAGACCUUCAUGAACGCCACCAUCCAGGACGACUUCUACAGUGGGACCAAGGCGGCUCUGAUGGGUGGUACCACCAUGGUGAUGGGUCUGGUUCUGCCUGAACAACACUGCUCCCUGCUGGACGCCUACGAGAAGUGCAGGGCUCUGGCCGAUGCCAAGGCGUGCUGCGACUACGCUCUGCACGUCGGGCUAACCUGGUGGGGACCAAAGGUACGUAAUGAGAUGGAGACCCUGGUGAGGGAACAUGGAGUGAACUCCUUCCAGGUGUUCAUGGCCUACAAAGACAUGAUGAUGCUGCGGGAUUCAGAGCUCUACCAGACUCUGCAGACCUGUAAGGAUAUCGGUGCCAUUGCCCGAGUCCACGCUGAAAACGGAGAGCUGGUGGCCGAGGGUGCCAAAGAGGCUCUGGAUUUGGGCAUCAGUGGGCCGGAGGGAAUAGAGAUCAGUCGACCAGAGGAGCUGGAGUCUGAGGCCACUCACAGAGCCAUCACCAUUGCCAACAGGGCUCGCUGCCCAAUCUACCUGGUAAAUGUGUCCAGUAUGUCUGCUGGUGAUAUGAUCGCUGCUGCUAAGAUGCAGGGUAAGGUGGUCCACGGGGAGACUACAGUUGCUCACGCAGUGUUGAAUGGGAUGCAGUAUUACCACCAGGAUUGGGCUCAUGCCGCCGCCCAUGUCAUCGUCCCUCCACUCCGCCUCGACCCAAACACACCCAGCUACCUCAUGGGCCUGCUGGGCAAUGACAAUCUGAGCGUGGUGGCAUCAGAGCACCGUCCAUUCAGCACCAAGCAGAGAGCCUUGGGCAAAGAGGACUUCACCAAGAUCCCUCAUGGAGUGCCUGGAGUCCAGGACAGGAUGAGCGUCAUUUGGGAGAGAGGAGUGGUACGUACACAUGUCAAACGCACACAUAAAAACCUGAGAUCAGCCAUGAACCACACAAUUUAUCAUCCACAACCAGUGGAUGUGGAAACUCAGGCUUAUAAAGGGGUGGACAGGGAUCCGUACUCUGGUGAUGUGGCCAAGGUUGCAAACACCAUGAAGAAGGAACUCGGUUUGGGCCCCAUAGAUGGAGAGACGCCCAACAAAGCCUGCGCUCGAGUGCACACCGGAAUCCGAGACCUUCACGAGUCCUCUUUCAGCCUCUCAGGGUCUCAGGUCGAUGACCACAUCCCGAAGAGGUCCUCGGCUCGGAUCCUGGCCCCUCCCGGCGGCCGCUCCAGUGGUAUCUGGUGUGUGUGUGUGUGUGUGUGUGUGUGUGUGUGUGUGUGCAGGACAAUCUCUGUGAGCACUCAGGUGCAGGGCGGAGACUUCAACCUGUACGAAGGGAUGCGUUGCCACGGCGUCCCUCUGGUCACCAUCAGCCGGGGGCGUUUGGUGUGUGAGAACGGCGUGUUCAUGUGCGCCGAGGGGUCCGGAAAGUUCUACCCACAGCGUACUUUCCCCGACUACCUCUACAAGAAGAUGGUGCAGAGGGAAAAGACUCAGGCUUAUAAAGGGGUGGACAGGGAUCCGUACUCUGGUGAUGUGGCCAAGGUUGCAAACACCAUGAAGAAGGAACUCGGUUUGGGCCCCAUAGAUGGAGAGACGCCCAACAAAGCCUGCGCUCGAGUGCACACCGGAAUCCGAGACCUUCACGAGUCCUCUUUCAGCCUCUCAGGGUCUCAGGUCGAUGACCACAUCCCGAAGAGGUCCUCGGCUCGGAUCCUGGCCCCUCCCGGCGGCCGCUCCAGUGGUAUCUGGUAACCGCUGGUGUUGGAGCUUCAUCCGUCCAAGCCGCCGUUUUUUUGUACAUUUCUGAACAACCAGAAAAACUGCACUGAUUUUCAAUCACAGGAUAAAAAGUAAAGAUGGCAAAAAAAAUUCAAGCACGCGUCUGUGAUUGGUGACGAAACGCCGAUGAUCAGAGAUUCUAAUCUGUGUCUUAAUUGGAGCGACUGCUCUGAUUGAAGGGCUGUCUCUGGAUUUAAAUUGUUCUGCCAAAAUCGAGCUGAUCAUACUAACUCUGAUAAAGUCCGCUCAUUAUCACCCUGCCUGUAUCGUAAACUGUGAAAUGUCAAAACCAGUACAGUUUUUGAUGGUUUGAACUGAAGUGAUGUCGACCGAAUUAUUUAAAACUGUAUCUAUUACACCCCCGUCUCUCACACACACACACACACACACACGCACGCACACACAGGCGUACACUGUAGACACCAUAGCUUUAGACUCAUGUGAAGUCUAUGUGUGUGGGUCCUGUUUGUGGUUACACC